ACGAGGGUUUCUGUAAAUGGGAGACUUGUGUUUUGUUGUUUAGCGUGAAGUGUGUGCACAAUUGACUAGAAAUUGUUUUUUUUUUUUGUUGUUGUGUUUUAAAUGUGUCGCAAAGCCAAUAACAAAAUAAGAGAACAAAACAAUUUCAGUUUUCAACGUAUUCAAACAAUUUCAAAGCAAAGCGUACAUCGCAGCAGACAUAUAAAACGGGCGCACAUUGGAAAAACAGCAGCGAAUACGAAAGCGAAAACAGAGCAAACCGUUUUUUCCCCAAACUCCCCUCGUUCCCCGCCAAUGCACGAGACGCUGACGCGACGCCAGUGAAAAUACAGUUAGAAGCCAAGCCAAUUUUUAAACUUUACGAACGCUGCACGCAAGCACAGCUUCAGGACAUUGGCGCCGUUAUUGCAAAAAGGAAACCAAACCAAAAAUACAAAAAAAAAAUAAUACAAAUAACACCUUGAGACGCAUUCUGAGAAUCGCACACAAGUCAUCGCACACAUCCCCACAAAAAUAUAGACAACAGGCAGACACACACACACACACACACACAACACCAGCAGACACAGACACAGUCAAGCAACAGCAGGCAGCAGCAGAAGCAGCCAUGAGUUCGCAGUACUCGAAUGUGGAGAAUCUGUCGCCGCAGACCAUACGGCAGGUGAUGAAGGAGCUGCAGGACAUGGAAUCGACGCCACCCGAAGGCAUCAAAGUGCUGAUCAAUGAAAGCGAUGUGACCGAUAUACAAGCGCUAAUCGAUGGACCCGCUGGCACACCGUAUGCCGUUGGCAUUUUUCGUGUUAAGCUGACGCUGAGCAAAGAUUUUCCACAAACGCCGCCAAAAGCGUAUUUCCUAACCAAGAUUUUCCAUCCAAAUGUGGCGUCGAACGGUGAGAUAUGCGUGAACACACUGAAAAAGGAUUGGAAACCGGAUCUGGGCAUUAAGCACAUACUGCUAACCAUCAAAUGUCUACUGAUUGUGCCCAAUCCGGAAUCGGCCCUCAACGAGGAGGCUGGCAAAAUGCUGCUCGAACGCUACGAUGACUACUCGCAGCGUGCACGCAUGAUGACAGAGAUACAUGCCCAGCCGGCAAAGUGCGGUGCUGGCGCCAGCGAUGCCAAAGAUGAUGAUGGACCCUCAACAAAGAAGCAUGCGGGCGUCGAUAAGAAGCUGCAGGAUAAGAAGAAGGAGAAGUUGCUCAAGGAGAAGAAGCGCAUGCUCAAGAGAUUAUGAGAGGCAUGAAGCAGAGGCUGUCAGACAGGGCGACUAAAACCACUAAAAAUAUAUACAUAUAUGUAGGAUCAGCAAGGAAUGGAAAUGGAGUGAAUGCAGUUCAGGCAUUGGACGCAGGCAACAAUAACAACAACAGCAGUAGCACUAGCAACAGCAACAACCACAAACAAACAAAUAACAAAAAUUGAUGGAUGUAUCUAAAUAGCCAGCAGCAGGCAUCAAUUUACAGAUGAAAACCAAACGACUCAGCAAACAAACAAAAACUUGGCGACAAAAAAAAAACAGCAUUCAACAAGCAACCUGAAGAUCGAUGAACAAAUGCAAAUGCAAAAAAAAAAAAAAAACAAAGGGAAAGACACACAAAAAAGAAGAGAAACAAAACAACUCCAAAGAAAAAUGCAUCCAGUAACAUAUACAAAACCAUUAUAAUAACAAAUAACAAAAAACAAAAUAAACAACUCAAAAAUCAUUUUGGUUGCCAUCUGUUCAGACAAAACUGAACCGAUAUUUAGAUUGUAGACACAAACAAGCAAAAAACUAAGUAAAAAUUAGAUGUCCUAAUUAAUUUAGUGCGCCCCUUCCUCAAACGAUUAUUGUUUUUUUUUUAAAAGCUCUCGCGCUAUCAUUAGCAUAAUUUAUGUGUAUGUAAUUAGUUUAAAGAUUUGUCCACGCCUUCACACUCACACACGCACAGACACACUCACACACACACACACACAACACCUCUACACACAUUUAUUUUUAGCAGCGAAAACAUCACCAUUGUACCGUUAUGAGAUCUUCUGUUUAAUUAUUUCCAUCAUUUAAACUGUUUAACUUAACAAAUUACUACUGAAUUGUUAUCUUUAA